UAGAAAGUGCAAGAGGUGCGAGCAACAAGUAAUUUGAAGCACGUGUAUAGAGACGUAUUAUAAAUGGCCAUCAGUUCUGUGUGUCGCGUGAUUAUAACCUAUAUUGUAAUAUAAAAGUGAUAAUUACGCUAAAUAACCCUAGAGAGGAGGUGGGUUGAAGGCGUUUUCGUCCCAACCGGGACACUCCAAACAAAAAAAAUAAUAAAAGUGAUAUUAUUAAGUGAAUGAUAAAAUGACGAUAAGAUGUAAACUAUGUGGCAGGUAUUGGGAAAAGAAUGACAAUACUUCUUUUCAUUCAAUUCCGAAAGAUCCUAUCCUUCGAAAGCAAUGGAUAGAGGCAUGCAAAUUACAUAAAGUUGUAAAGAGUUAUUUUAACAAGUUAUCUUCAAUUAAAAUAUGCUCUGUGCAUUUUGAUGCUAACUCUUACAUUCCGCAAGUUAAGAAUAACAAUAAGGCAUAUCUUAAACCUAAUGCUGUACCAAGAAUGAAUAUCGAAGAAAAACACAAUUUGAUUCAACAAAAUGAAGCCCCUUGUAUCACUGGACAAGAAGUUACACUUCAACAGCAAUGCCUACCAAAUCAGUCAAGUUAUGAAGAGGCAGAUCUGAAUAUAUGUACUAUAGAUGAAGUUUCUACAGUUCAAGAAACAGAAAAGUCUAAUUCACGCAAUAAGGAUGCAGAACAAGUAAUGUGUAUACCAACAAAAGAGACAAUUAACAAUGAUGUCACAAAUGCCUCGUCAGUUAAUAGAAAAACGUGGCAACCAGCAUGUGUUACUCAACUAACAGAAGAACACUUUACUAUGCUGGAAAGGAGACAACGUUAUUUAUCUUUGUUAAAAAGGAAAUUAAAGGCGAAAGAGAAAAUGAUAAAGAAGCUGAGAAAUCAAAACAAGAGAUUAUCUAAAAAAGUUGCAAUUUCUGCUAACUUACUUGCCAAGUUUAAGAACAAAAAGUUGAUUAUAGUAGAUGCUGCAACAACAUUACUGGUAUGUGAGAAAAUUGCCGAAUUAGGUAAUUAGCAUCAUUAAUAUCUCAGUAGAUCUCUUUAAUAACUUAUCUUUCAACAAUUGUAUAACUUCUCCUAUUUUCUAUUUAUUGUCUUUCUAUUCUUUUCUACAUUCAAAUUUUGUUUAUGAAUAGCAUUUCUAUUAUAAUAAUCUAUCUGUACUCUAAUAACUAUAAUCAAUCAAGUAUUCUUUAUGAUGAAGUAUAUUUAUAGAUUUAAAAAUGAGUUUAACUAUGAUGUUUCUCUAGAAAGUUGUAUUAUUAUGGGGUUCUACUGAAAUUAAAAUUAAAAUGUAAUUUUACACCCAGAUAGCAAAAUGCUUGGCAGAUUGGAAACCAUAGAACUAUGUUGGCAACAAAUGUAUCCGACAAUAGAUUUUGAAUUCAAUUUGUAACUUCCUACUAACAAACUUUUUCAGGCGUUUUGAAAAAUCCAUUCAAGUCGAAAAAGCGUUUGCAACAACUCUUCACUUUUAUUCCAAUAAAGCAUAUAAUUACAAAUAGACAAACGUUUGAUAAUAUACUGCCGAAUUCAAGAACAAUUUCGAAAUGGUAUAUGAAUGUUAAUGGUUGCCCAGGAUUCACACAACAAGCUUUGAUGCUAUUGCUAAUAAAGUAAAAGAAAGUAAUGGAGUAAUAGUUUGCGAUAUUGUUUUUGAUGAGAUGGCGCUUCGACAAGGAAUUUCUUGGAAUGGAAAACAAUAUCGCGGAUUAAUAGAUCUUGGACCUGAAUCAAUCCCUCUAAAUACUAAUUCAUGUAUGGCGACAAAUACUUUAGUUUUCUUAGCUGUUGCUCUUAACGAUUCGUGGAAAGUACCAAUAGGAUAUUUUUUUAUUGAUUACUUAUAUCAGGAGAGGAUCGUGCAAAUUUAUUGCACAUUUGCUUAAAACGUUUUCAUGAGACCGGCGCUCAUGUAUAUUCAAUCACAUUUGAUCAUAGAUCUUAUGUACCUGGAUAGGCCUUGUUGAUGAAAAUCGGGGACCGAGAUGCCAGAGCGAGAGAGCAAUAUAUUUUCUGUCCUUCUAUUGGAAAAGAAAGACUGCGCAAGCGUGGAGGCGCAGGGACGUAAUAUCUGAUGAAGCAUUAAAAAUAUAAUCAAAUGAUAUAUUAAAGAAUAUAAAUAAACAAGUAUAAUAAAAAAUCAAGCGGCAAGGGCUUUUACGGCUAUUAAACAAACAGAUAAUUAUAAAACUUCAGAAUUAAGGAAAUUGAAAGUGGAAUACCUGGAGCUAUUUUAUAGAGAUGUAAGAAGGAAGGAAUUAUUUUUCCGGGAAAGGGAAACAAGAGAAAAUAUAAAAAUUAAUGUAUGAUUGAGAAAAGAAAUAAUAGCAAAUAUCAUUAGCAUGUUAUUUAGUAGUAUAAUAUAAACAAUAUUAAUAUAAUAUAAAUACUAUUUCUAACUUAUAGUAUCUAUAAACUUAUAGUAGUACUUUUACAUCAAACUUUGUGGGAUGAUUUUACAAGGAAUCAAUCAUAAGAAAAUAAAAUUAAUUUAGUUAAUUGUUUACGUAUUUUAUUUGGCUUUUCGUUAUUUUCAUGUGCUAUGUGAUGAAAUAUCUUAUGUCUAUGUAAGUAGAAACAAUAAGAUUUAUGAGUUGAUUUCUGUGAUUACAAUAAAAAUCUUGGCCCUGAGA